AUGGCAGCCAAGCGCCUGAAAUCAUGCCGGAUGUCUGAGUGCCACCAAGAGAUCCAGCAUCCGGCAGCCAAACGUCUUCUCUGGAACAUCACACAACGGCACAACAACAUGGCAGAGCGAGACGUGGUGUCGUGGACGGGAUGCGGUGUUUCCGAUCGAUUCGGUAAAGAGAAGGAUUCAACUCGAGGGCGAUCGGAGAUAGACACCGGCUUACAAGCCUGGGAUUGCGAGGCACAUUGUUCUCAACCGAGGCUACGCUGGGUUGUACAGGGGGAUUUUGCCCGAGUACCUCAAGGUUUUUACGGGCGUGGGGGUUGCCUUCAUGGGUUCUUGCGAUGGAUGGGAAGAGCUCGCUUGUUCCGCGGCUUGGCGACGGCAGCGGUUCGAGGGGCCGCACCAGCAUUCGCUCCUUCGGCAGCGCCGCCGCGGGCGCCCGAUCAGCAGGCGGCCGCGCUGGUGUCGGCGCUGAAGGUAUGUGGCAGCAUAAGGGAUUUGCGCAAGGGCAAGGCGAUCCACGCCCAGGUGGCGGAGAGCAAGCAGCUGGGGAUCCAUGUCGUUAAUGCGCUGGUGGACAUGUACGCGAAAUGCGGCAGCAUGGAGGAUUCCCGCCGCGUGUUCGACAGCAUUCUUCACCCAAACGUGAUGUCCUGGAACGUUUUGAUGCUGGGCUACGUCUCCAAUGGCGAGAGCGAUGUGGCUCUGGAUCUCUUCGAGAGGAUGCAAGCCAGGCGGUCGGGCUGCAAGCCAAACUCCAGGAGCUUCAUGGCCGCGUCGAAGGCUUGUAGCAGCCUCGCGGCGAAGGAGGACGCUGUUUUGGUCGAUGGGAAGCUCGUCAAGGAGGCAAGUCUCGGGACCGGCAGAGGCAUCCAUUCUCAAGCCAAGCAGAUGGGACCGUCUUGCAGCGAAGACGUUUUCCUCUCGAGCUCGCUGAUCGAUAUGUACUCCAAGUGCGGCAGCAUGCUCGAUGCUCGAUCGGUCUUUGAUGGGAUGCCGCGGCGAGACGUGGUCUCCUGGAAUGCUUUGAUACUGGGCUACGUAGAGAAUGGAGAAAGCGAGGUCGCCCUCGAGUUCUUUGGGAAGAUGGACUGCUCGCCAAACUCUCGGACUUUCGUUGCUGCUGCCAAGGCCUGUGCGAAUCUAGCAGUGAAAGAGGAGGCCACUCAAGAAGAUGGAAAGAUGGUGAAGACGAGGAGCCUGGAGAAGGGGCUCGCUGUUCACGCUGGAGCUAUGGAAAGCCAUUGCUGUGGAGAUAUUUUCGUGGGGAGCAGCCUCGUGGACAUGUACUCGAAGUGUGGGAGCAUGGCCGACGCGCGGAUGGUUUUCGAGAGCAUGCCUCGUCGCGAUGUCGUGCUCUGGACGAGCCUGAUGCAAGGCUUUGUGGACAACGGGGAAAGCGAGCUGGCUCUCGUGUUCUUCGAAGAUAUGAAGCUAUCCGGGUGCUGUCCAAACUCUCGAACGUAUGUUGCUGCGCUUGCUGCCUGUGCGAGCUCGGCAUUGCGAGAAGAAGCGGUGGAUGUCGACGGGAAACUCGUGAAGAGAAAGAGCUUGGAAACUGGGGUGGCUAUCCAGGGUGAAGCUUCAAACAAGAGGUGCUGUGAGGACGUGUUCGUGGGGAACACAUUGAUCGAUAUGUACGCCAAGUGUGGGAAGCUAGAGGAAGCUCGCAAGGUCUUCGAUGGCAUGGCUGGCCGAGACGUGGUUUCGUGGAACGCAAUGAUCCAGGGAUCUGUUGGAAGUGGAGACAGCAAGCUGGCCUUGGAGCUGUUCUUCGGCAUGCGUCCGAACAACCUGUUCCGCGAGAAGAUGGAAAGCUACUGCGAAUCCAGAGCUUAG